AUGGCUGCCACCGAUGUCAAAAACACCGUCCCACACAUGGAUAUGGACCGCGGAGGCGCGUUCGACUUCUCCAACUGUAUUCGCAAUCAAGCGAUGUGUAAAAUGGGCGCCAAGGCUCCACGAUUGACGAGUACUGGUACCACUAUUGUUGCCGCAGCUUAUAAAGGAGGACUUGUGAUGGGAGCCGAUUCUCGUGCCACCGCCGGAAACAUUAUUGCCGAUAAGCAUUGUGAGAAGGUGCACAAGCUCACCGAGUCAAUUUACGCUUGUGGAGCCGGAACAGCCGCCGAUCUCGAUCAAGUCACCAAAAUGCUGUCCGGAAACUUGAGAUUGAUGGAGCUGAACACUGGAAGAAAGGCUCGUGUGAUCACAGCUCUCCGUCAGGCUAAACAGCAUCUUUUCAACUAUCAAGGAUACAUCGGAGCGUACUUGUUGAUCGGAGGAGUCGACCCAACCGGACCACAUCUCUACAUGUGCUCCGCCAACGGAACCACCAUGGCUUUCCCGUUCACAGCUCAAGGAUCUGGAUCAUACGCUGCUAUUACCAUUUUGGAGCGUGAUUUCAAGCCAGAUAUGACGAAAGAAGAAGCCGAGAGCCUCGUACAGCGCGCUCUCCAAGCCGGUAUGCACGGAGACAAUGCCUCUGGAAACAGCUUGAAUCUGGUGAUCAUCGAGCCAAACGAGACUGUGUUCAAGGGACCUAUUGUGCCAGACUUCUGCAAACGGCCAGAGCCAAACGAUCUCACUUACAAGUUCCAGGCGGGCGCCACAAAGGUGUUGAAGCAUAAGACCUACAAGUAUGAUGUCGUCGAGUCGAUGGAUGUUAGCCACUAA